ACCUACUCGACCCAACAUGACACUAUUAACUAUUAAAUAUUGUAUAUUUUCCAAAACAAUAUUCGUGGUCAAUACCAUAUGAUGUGGUAGUGACGACUACGAGAGGUUGAGAGACGGGUUUGCAAGUACCCACCCACCACUAGAUCCACCAUGCUUCAUCGCAACACCUGCAGAGAUUUCACGGGUAACAUUCGCUUGCUUUACGCAUCACCUCGGCGUGUCUAGCAGGUUUGGAACAGCAUGUCCUGGGUGGAUUUUUCUCCCCAAUGCUGGAGGCUGCACGCUGGAGCCAUGUGGAGCGCGCCCACGUCCCUCCGAGGAGGCAAGCAUCGUCACCAACUCCUGUAACGAAGGAAGGGAGACACUUUCUUGGAUAAGAUCUGUCGAGGCGGGAGCACAAGAGAGAGGAGAUGGUAGAGAAUUCCGUCCCCCCAGUGGCCGCACCUGACCUCCUUGACCCUAAGUCCGCCGCCCAGAACUCCAAGCCCCGCUUGUCGUUCUCGGCCAAGCCGGUGGUGCUGACGUGCCCGGACGACGACGAGUGUGACACCCGCACCACCGUCAUGAGGUGGAAAACCGUGUCGGCCAUCUUCUUCCUGGUUGUGCUGUAUCUCAUCAUCGGCGCCACGGUGUUCCGGGAACUGGAGCAGCCGCACGAGAGCUCCCAGAAACUGGCCAUCCUUGCGGAGAAGCUGGAGUUCUUGGCCGUGCACGCCUGUGUCAACUCCUCAGAGCUGGAGGAUCUGGUCAAGCAAGUGGUUUCUGCGGUUCGAGCAGGUGUGAACCCGUCGGGAAAUUCCUUCAACCAGACGAGCCUGUGGGACCUCAGCUCAUCCUUUUUCUUUGCGGGAACUGUCAUCACCACCAUCGGAUUUGGGAACACCUCCCCUCACACAGAAGGGGGGCGGAUAUUCUGCAUCAUCUACGCCCUAAUGGGGAUUCCCCUCUUUGGUUUCUUGCUGGCCGGCGUCGGCGAUCAACUGGGCACCAUCUUUGGGAAAGGCAUCGCCAAAGUGGAGAGGAUGAUCGUGAAAUGGAAAGUCAGCCAGACAAAGAUCCGUGUAAUCUCCACGCUGCUCUUCAUCCUGUUUGGCUGUCUCAUCUUUGUGGCGCUGCCCGCUGUCAUCUUCAAGCACAUUGAGGGCUGGAGCACACUGGAGUCCAUCUACUUUGUGGUCAUCACCCUCACCACCAUCGGCUUUGGAGACUUUGUCGCCGGGGAAAAAGGUGGUUCAGAGAGUCCAGAAUACCUGAAGUACUACAAACCUGUGGUGUGGUUCUGGAUCCUGGUGGGCCUGGCCUAUUUCGCUGCAGUUCUCAGCAUGAUCGGAGACUGGUUUCGGGUCAUAUCCAAGAAAACUAAAGAGGAGGUUGGCGAGUUCCGGGCUCACGCGGCAGAGUGGACGGCAAACGUGUCAGCGGAGUUCAAAGAGACCCGACGGCGACUCAGUGUGGACAUCUAUGACAGGUUCCAGCGUGCCGCGUCCAUCAAACGCAAACUGUCAUCCGAGCUUGGCAUCAACGCCUCCAUGAACCAGGAAAUGACACCGGGCAAGCGGACACUGUCAGCCAACUUUGGCGAAGACAGGGAGGCGUACUCCAACUUGACACUCUCCCUCAGCCCCGUCCCGGGGGCGCUGACCAGGAAUGGCAGUCUCUUCCUGAACGGCCUCAGCCCGGACUUUGCGGACCGGCGGGACAUUGCAGUCAGUGAAAACCCCAAAUGACAAAAAAGGCAGUAAGGGGACUGACAACAAACAUCCAAGAUUUACAACAUGAAUCUUCAGAUUGUCUUAAACAUAAAUCCAUCAUGUCUGUGCCAACGUGGUCGUCACCGUGCUCUCAUUAGAAUUUAGUAGGAAGUGAUUCAAAAUGACUCCAGAAAUUGUGGACUUGCUGCCCAAAACCUCACAAACAUGCAAAAUUAUGAAGAGAAAACAUUGCGGGUAUGCUGCAACACAUUUAUUUUAUUCCACAAACAUGGCCGACACACAAGCAUGGCUUAAAUUAUGAAAAACAUAUACAAAACAUUUACUGAAGCAUUUUUUUCACACCACAAAUCAUAGCAGAUAUGAUGCAAAACCACCCACAAACAUGGCCGGCCUGAUAGAGCCCUCCUCGGAUAUGGCUGACAUGCAGUUACAAGCUCAACAAACAUGGCCGACAUGCAGCCACCCUCUACAAACAUAGUUGAAAUUAUGAAAAACCAUUGAAGGCAUGUUUUACUCCACAAAUAUGGCGGAAAUGAUGCAAAAUUUCUCAAGCAUUUUCACUCAGGCAACACAAUCCGCAAGCAUGGCCGACAUGAUACAGCACUCCACAAGCAUGGCCGAAAUGACAAACAUAGAAGAAGCAUAGCAGUCUUGCUGCAACGUGAUUGACAAGCAUUUAUUUUAGUCCACAAACAUGGCCGACAUAAUCCCAAAACUCCACCAACGUGGCAGACAUGCUGCCAAACACUACCCAAAUACAGCAACCCUCCACAAACAUGGUCGAAAUUAUGAAAAACCAUGGAAGGCAUGUUUUACUCCACAAAUAUGGCGGAAAUGAUGCAAAAUUUCUCGAGCAUUUUCACUCAGGCAACACAAUCCGCAAGCAUGGCCGACAUGAUACAGCACUCCUCAAACAUGUCCACUCCCCAAAUAUGGCUGACUCGACCAACAUGCAGCAACCCUUCACAAGCAUGGCCGAAAUGAUGACAAACAUAGAAGAAGCAUAGCAGUCUUGCUGCAACGUGAUUAACAAGCAUUUAUUUUAGUCCACAAACAUGGCCGACAUAAUGCCAAAACUCCACCAACAUGGCAGACAUGCUGCCAAACACUACCCAAAUACAGCCGACGUGCUUGGCAAACACGACCGAUAUGCAGAAACCCUCCUCAAGCAUGGCCGGAAUGAUGAACAGGUUCAACAUGUAUGUUACUCCACAAACAUGGCUGACAUGAUUCGACACACACUCCUCAAAGCAACACCAUAGUCAACCUGGUACAACACUACACAAACAUGGCUGCUGCUGCUGCUUAAAAUGCAUUUUUUGUAACAAAUCCUACUAAAUCCUAGUGAGAACACACACUGCUUUACUGUGUUAGUGACUGAGCCAGAUCUGUUUGUUCUGGACAAGAGAAGAGAAAAAAAAAAGAUUGUAUCGGAUGUGAGAUACGGCCAGUAAAUUAGUGCAUUGGUAAAUCUAGAAAGCAGUAGAUGUAAUUGUGCUCAUCACCAACAGAUUUACCAGAGGUCCUGACAUCUGCAUCAGAUAUAUUAGCGGAUCCUCUGCUAUCAACAUGACAAUGCAUCAGUGCAAAACCAACACAAAAAAAAACUAUAAUGUAUAUGUGUUGCUUAUAUCUUUACUACUUUUUACUCCCUGCAUCAACGUGCAUUGUGCGUUCCGCUUGAGCUGCUCGCAAGAUGAAGAUGAAUGUUUACUUUUUUUUUGCUUCUUUGGUGACUGACGAAUGGCUUUUCAGCCCUGAGGGAUCACCCGGGUGUGCCUUACUGAAAAGCCCACGGUGAACCACAAUGCACGAUAGACUGAGCAUCUAUCAUUUGAGUUGGGGGGUUGGAUCAAAAAAUUCAUCCUAUAUUGAAGUAUUUUCAACCAGUGUUCAAGAUGCAGUGCAAUGACACCAAAGAAUAUUUUUUUCCAAAGGUCAAAUCACAAGGUUUUUGCUAAUUCCCUUCUAGUGUAAUAGUAGCCAAACUAGCUAACUCUCUCUCCAAUUUGAAUGUAUUGGGUGUUGCAGCAAGAUACUUUUAUACAGUAGUGUAUUUCAUGGAAAUACACACAAUUAAUACAAUACAUUCAACCCUUACUGCUAUUGAGCCCUAAAGGCCUCUUAUUCCACCCCCCCCCCCCUACAGUGGAAGCUGUCAAUCAAAACAAUUCUGUCUUGGGAGCGUUACAUCAUAUGUCACAUGGUCACGUGUCAGUGUGCACAUACUGUAUAUCGAUAAACGAGCACCUUGUUCUUGUCUUCUAAUGUUUUUCUUCAAAAUACCACUACGGGCAUGUUGAAUGUGUUUUUCCAUUCAUGAAACGCAUAUUGAAUGUAAGCAUACUGCUAUAUCAAAUAUAUAUAUAUAUAUAUAUAUUGCCAUAAACCACAAAUGCAUUACAUAGUGCAAUUUGUAAUAUUAAAAAAAAAACAAGUGCACAGUUUAGAGUAGUGAUUCUUAACUGGUUUGGCUGUGGGACCCACCAUCACAACUCCAACCCAAAUUACGUUAUGUAAUUAUGUUAUGGCGCUAUUCUCCAGCAGAUAUCUGCAACUGUGUGUACGCGAGGUGCAUUCACUGGUAUCAGGUCAGCUUUUCCCCCCCCAGGCAUAAGCCUGCGGAUUCACCUUUGGGUCCCUACCCACUAGUUGAGAAUCACUGGUUUAGAGGUCCACAUGAUUUGUGUUGCAUGCAAGUGUGCAAUGUUAUUUCAUGUUUUCCUGUGCUCAUAUUCCAAAUAUUAUUUACAAUUUUCAGGUUUAGAAUAAAUUU